CUUGCUGGUUCCCGAAUCCGCUUAAACUGCUAUUCUUGAACUGCUACACAGUCUAAAAAAUAUAUUUGCUGCGAGCACAUUGUCUCUGCAAAAUGGUUCCACGGGCUGCUAUAAUCAUCGGGUUUCUGCUGCUGCUGGCGGCAGUGGCGACGCCAUCUUCUGGCCCCCAUAUAGCAGACCUCAACAUUCUGCUGCCUCCUCGCUUGACGAACCCUGUGCCGUAUCGACUUCAAGGAAGAGAUGGCUGCUUCUCUUGGUCAUGGGAUCAUCAUGAUAUUCUAUUAGUUCAACCUGAAUAUAAUGAUAGUAGGCAAUGCUCCACAAGCGCCAGAUUGAUAUCAAUUGCACCAUAUGGUGAAAGAAAGGAGACUGCUGUCUAUGCUACAGACCUCCGAACUGGAGUUAUGGUUCGCUGUAAAGUUCUUAUUGAUAAAAUUUCAAGGAUUAAAAUAUUUCAUCAUGCUGUCAAAAUCAAUUUGGACGAGCUAGCAACACUGCAUAUUACUGCAUUUGACGAUGAAGACAACGUGUUCUCAUCACUGGCAGGCUUACGAUUUUUGUGGCAGCUAAUUCCCAAAUCUUUGGAGGCUGAUCGUAUGCACCGCCUUUUUCAUGUUCCACUGAAGGAAACACCUCUCAGUGACUGUGGUAGUGGUUUUUGUGGGGAUUUGGACGCCCGGAUUGAGCUAGAAGAAGAUGGGUUAGGAUCUGACUUGUAUGUUGUCAAAGGAGUUGGAAUUGGUCAUGAGAUUGUUAAAGCCAAGUUGCUUGAGCCACAACUAGAACAUGUGGAGGACGAGAUUACUUUAACUGUUGCCGAAGCAAUGUCCCUUGAUCCUCUUUCGCCAGUUUUUGUGACUGUUGGCACAUUGAUAUACUACAGUCUCAGGGUUAUACGUGGAAAUGCUCCUCAAGUGAUUGAGUUACCCUCACCACAUCAUCAAUGGUCUGUACUGAAUUGUUCAGUGGCUCGAGUGGACAGUUUGAUGGGAACUGUUCACACUUUGCGCCUGGGAAUGACAAAUGUUAUUGUUGAAGACAUCAGGGUUUCUGGUCAUAUUCAAGCUUCAGCUCUGCAUGUUGUCCUCCCAGAGAAGUUGUUGCUAUACCUAGUACCUAUCACUAGCUUAUUUGAUCCUGUUGAAGGUAUUGAUCCUAUACCUUCUUCAGACACUUGGUAUGUAUUCCCCGGUCAAUUGUACAUAAUUUACAUGAAGGUUUUCUCAGAAGGGCCAGAUUCAAAUGAGAUAUUUAUCACGGAGCAGAACACUGAUCUUAAACUGGAAGACAAUACUUUUUUGUUUUGGGAUAUAUUGCUUGUUUCUAAUGCUGAUACUGCAAAGUAUGGCUGGCGAUAUUCAAGAUUACUCAAACCAUAUUCUGUGGGAGAGGGUACUUUAACAGCUUCUCUGUUUUAUCGUAAUGAAAACGAAGAAGAGGCUCAGGUUCUCAAGGUUGUGCAAGAAGUCAAUGUCUGCAGAAAAGUGAAAUUUAGUAUCAGAGAGCAAGUUGAGUCCUUAGAUUCUAUCCGCAUACCCUGGGCCCCUGGUAUUUACCAGGAAGUGCAAUUGAUGGCAACUGGAGGUUGUGGCAAACUGUUUUGGUCAUCUGCUGAUGAGGCAAUUGUAUCAGUGUCUGCUUCUGGUUUUGUGCGGGCCAAAAGGCCUGGUACAACAACAAUUAAAGUCUUCUCGUUAUUUGAUUCAAUAAAUUAUGAUGAGGUUGUUUUGGUUGUUACUCUACCUUCUGUUAUUGUUAUUCUUCCCAUCUACCCUGUAGAGGGGGCCGGUGGAUGCGAACUCAAAGCUGCUGUGACCUUAAAGACAUCUGAUGGGAACUACUUCUAUCAAUGUGAUUCUUUCAACUCUUUCAUAAAGUGGAGUGUAUUUUCUGACAGUGAAACUUUCAGAGUUCUGAGCACAACUGAGAAGAUUUGUGAAGCCAACAUGCUCCAUCUCACAGAGAACUCAAAACAAUCCUAUAGUCAGCCUUGUGCAUGGACUUGUUUAUUUGCUCAUGGUACUGGUCGGGCUGUGUUACAUGCAACCUUAUCCACUGACUUACAUUCUCCUUUCCAUUCCACGGAUGAGCCUUUCAUCUUAAAAACUGCUUUUCCUAUAGCCGCAUUUUCUCCACUUAUUGCUUACCAAGCAGGAAAUGGAAAUAGAUUUGGAGGCUACUCGAUUGAUAUGUCUGAAAUAACUAAUGGAAUCAAGCAUUCAUACUCUACUGCUUUGGAUGAGUUGUAUCUUGCCCCUGGCUCUGCAAUGGAUAUCCAUUUAUGUGGAGGACCUGAAAGAUGGCAUCUAAAUGUUGAGUAUGUUGAAAAAGUUGAAGUUACUGGUGAACAUGAUCUAUCAGUAACAAAUGGCGUUCAAGUGCAUCGGGCAUUCUUCAAUGGGAGCCAAGUGUACACAGCCCUAUGCCUAUCUGUUGGGAAGUUUAAACUUAUGUUUUCACGGGGAAACCUUGUGGGUGUUAGCCAUCCUAUAGCAACCAUAGCAAAAUUGGAAUUGUCUGUAAUCUGUAGCUUUCCUUCUUCUAUCAUACUUGUUGCUAAUGAACCUGAAAAUACUCUUGAUGUUAUAGAGACUGCUGCGAACGCUGAUCGUGGUACAGGUCAUGUUCGCUCUACUCCUAUUAUAGUGGCCUAUGGAUGUACCAUACGCAUAGCUGCUGUUGGUCUACACAUUACGAAAAAGGUUUUUGCAAAUUCAUCAUCUUUGUGCCUGAGCUGGGAACUUGUUGGUUGUAAUGAUCUGGCUUAUUGGAGGGACAUUGAGAGUUGCAAGAGAUCAAUAGAUAACAAUUGGGAGAGGUUUCUAGUUCUAAACAAAACUUCAGGACUGUGCACCGUUCGUGCUAGUGUUAUUGGCUUUUCUGAAGCCCUGGUUAGCCAUCCCUUUGGAAAAGAAUAUUUGCAGCUUGAUAGUGCAAAGGGUAUUCUGACGGAUGCUGUACAAUUACAGUUGGUCUCUUCCUUGAGAGUAAUGCCGGAGUUUCUCUUAAUAGUUUUUGAUCCCGUAGCAAAGGUAAAUCUUUCUAUUUCUGGAGGGACCUGCUUUCUAGAUGCUAUUACAAAUGACACAAAUGUGGCACACAUUGUUCGGCCUUCUGAAAAUACCAAAUGCUCUCAUCUAAUAGUUAGUCCUCAUGGACUGGGGACUGCUCUUGUGACCAUUCGUGACAUUGGACUUUCUCCUCCAGUUGUUGCUUUUUCUUUGGUCAAAGUUGCAAAUGUGGAAUGGAUUAAGAUUGCUUCUGAAGAAGAUAUAAUCCUCAUGGAAGGGACUAUUAGAACUUUUGAACUUCUAGCAGGAACCAAUGAUGGAUAUAUCUUCGAGUCCUCCCAGUUCGAAUUUAUGAAUAUUCAUGUCCAUAUUGAGGAUGGAAUAGUUGAAGUUAUUGGAAAGAAUAAUUCUUCAAGCAUUGCUAUGGUUGGCCCUAGUUUUUCAGUUAGAGCUGCAACUGUUGGAAUCACGACUAUUUAUGUCCGUGUGAGACAAUGGUCUGGACAUGAAAGAUUAAGUCAAAACGUUAAGGUUGAAGUUUAUAAACCACUGCUGUUGCAUCCCAAUUAUAUUUACCUUACGCCUGGUUCCUCUUAUAUGCUCAAAGCCGAAGGUGGUCCAAUCACUCGAGGAUUUAUCAAGUAUGCAAGCAUGCAUGAAGAGACUGCAGUAGUGCACACAACUUCUGGAAAACUUUCUGCUAUCUCCAUUGGAAAUGCUAGUGUCCGUGCAGAAGUUUAUGGACAAACAGGCAACUUAAUUUGUGAAGUAUAUGGUAGAGUGGAAGUCGGGAUCCCAUCCAUAAUGAUUUUGAGUUCACAGAGUGACCAGCUAUGUAUUGGUUGCAAAAUGCCAAUUUUUCCCUCUUUUCUUCAGGGAGGUUUAUUUUCCUUCUAUGAGGUAUGCAACAACUAUGAAUGGAAGGUGGACAGUGAAAAGACCGUGCAACACGAAGGUGCUAGAGCUUUGACAUCAGAUGUUGAGAAAUUGCACAUACAGUGUUCGGAUGGAUGGACCACUUUCUGUAAUUCCAGUGAUAGUGAUGUUGGAUUUAUCAUGACAUUGUUUGGACGGUCUCCUGGCAGAGCAGAAGUUGUUAUUUCAUUUUCUUGCAACUUUCUAUUAUCCGGUUCCACACAAACUGUACAUUAUUCUGCAUCUAAGACAUUGACAGUGGUGCCUGAUCCUCCUAUGGCUCUUGGCAUGCAAGCAACAUGGGUUCUUCCCCCAUCUUACACAAGUUCAGAUCUUCUGCCCUUGGCAGACUCUUAUGGGUUGGAUGUGCAUAGUCACAGGGAAGGAGUCGUAUAUUCUGUGUUGAGGACCUGCGAAAGCAAACUAGAUUCAAUUACCAUCCAUGGUGGUAAAAUCAAAACAAGGGAAAGCAAUAAUCUAGCUUGUAUACAGGCAAAAGACCAAUCUACUCAAAGGACUGAAAUUGCAUCAUGUAUUCGCGUUGCUCAGGUGGCACAAGUAAGGGUAUCUGCAGCAGAUUAUUCUUUCCAUUUGGCAUACCUUGGUGUAAAUGCAAGGCUGGAGUUAAAAAUUAACUACUGUGACGAGUUAGGAUUCACAUUUGCUGAAGCAAAUGGUGUGGUUCCACUGGAUGUUGAGAUUAAUUACCCAGAUAUACUAUCCAUUGAAAUGCCUGAUACUCGAGAUAUAACAUCCGCUGAAAAAAUCUUUCUACUGGGGAAAAGUCCCGGGAGAGCCCUUGUACAGAUAUCAAUCCGUCACAAUCCAAAGAAGGCAGACUUCAUUCUAGUGUCGGUUGGUGCACAGUUGUAUCCACAGAAUCCGGUCUUAAAUAUGGGAAAUUCUAUCAAUUUUUCUGUAAUGGCUGAUGAUGGUCUUCUGCCAGGUCAGUGGUUUUGCAGCAAUGAAAGUGUUUUAUCUCUAAAUAAAAUCACUGGAGAAGCUCGUGCAUCUGCUGAAGGUCGAACUCAAGUUUUCUUUCAGGGUUCCAACUUCAAAUUGCAGACUGUGGCUAGUGUGAUUAAAUUGAAUCAGAUUAUAGUUGAGACUCCAUCAGAUACCUUGACAAAUGCUCCAUUUCCAUCCAAAGGCUACAAGUUUGCUGUCAAACUUAGUGAUCUCAGUGCUUACAAAUACAAAUACUCUGGGGAUAACUUUGAAGUUCCAUUUGAGUGUAGGGUUGAUCCACCUAUCAUUGGGUAUGCUAAGCCAUGGAUUGAUGAUGUUCUAGGCGAGCCUUAUUGCCUAUUCUUUCCUUACACACCAAAGCAUCUGGAAAUUAACUUCUCCAAAUCGAAGGCUGUGCAGUCAAGAGAGAUCAGUAACAGUGAAGGCUCCCUGUAUGUUUCCAUUAUUGCUUCACUAAAAGAAGCUCCAUAUGUUUCGGGUUUCGCUCAUGCACUUUUUGUAGGAGGAUUUUCAAUUGGAAUUGAACAGCUAAACUUGACGCGUAGUUGCAAUCAGAGCAGGAUAACUAUAACAGGGAAUACAGACUUGGAAUUAUAUUGGAACGCGAAAGACCUUUUACUUGUCACUUUAAUUUCAAAGGAGGGUUCUGGCAUUGGAGGCUUCGUGGAAUUUGAAGUCAAAGUCCUCAAAAGACAAAGUUUCAGAGAUAAAAUUAUCUUUGUCCUUCCUGCCACUGGUCAAAAGGCCGAAGUUGAUGUGAUAUAUGAGAAUGGAGCAAGUGCUACUUCUGCUCGAGCCAGUAGCUUGACCUGGGCUGCAGUUAUCGUUUGUCUUAUUGUUUUGCUCUCAACGAUCUUUGUUUUUGUUAAACUACUAGACAGACCAAGCAGAUCAGUAACAUCAAUGCCAACAGUUCAUUCCUCAUCAGCCAUAGCAAGCCCUUCAACCCCAGAGGCUGCGUCAGUCCCUGCCGGCAGUCAGUUCUCUCCAAGAACUCCUCAGCCCUUUGUGGAGUACGUGAGGAGGACAAUUGAUGAAACACCAUACUACAAGAGAGACGGCAGGAGGAGGUUUGAUCCCCAGCACACUUACUAAAUUUAGAUCUUUUGUUAAUUGGACAUCUAUUGUGUUCAAGAAAGACCGGUUCGAGAAGGCCUGCUUUCAGGAGUUUCUGCUCUCUAAAACAGUCAUGUUUUUUUUUUUUUUUUUAAUGUAUGUUUUCCCUUUGAAAUUUUCUUUUCAUUGAUUUGCAAAUUGGUAGUAGGUGACAUAUUUGACGUUUCAAUAUAUGUAUCUCAUGCCUGGGUUAGAGCGGCCA